GGGAGAGGGAAUGAGUUGAGUGUACGGAGGGAAGAUGAAAUCCGAAAUGGUGCCCGAGCAGAGGUUGAAGAUGCGGGAGUUGGCAGAGGUGUGGUGUUGUGGGGAGAGGUGAGAUCACUGGCAAGAAUGACGCGGAUUGAUAGGUCGGCCACGGAAGGAGACCUAUAUGAGAUGCGGCACCGAGCUGAGCUGCAGCAAUAUGCAGAGAAUGAUCCUGAGGUGUUGAAUAAUCUGAAGGAUGUGUCCAAGCGGGCGUAUGAUGCAGCGAACCGGUGGACUGAUAAUAUAUUUGCUCUACAGCAGUGGUGCUCCAACAGCUUCCCUCAAGCAGCAGAGGAGUUGCAAAAAGUUUAUCAAGAGGUGGGGAUCGAAGAAGAUUUUGACUAUAUUGAGUAGCCAGGAGAAAAGGAGGGAGGAGGGAGGAGGGAGGAGAGAGGAGGGAGGAGGGAGGGAAGGAAGUGUGAUAGGAAAUUGGCUGGGGGAAGGCAAUUGAAGGAAAGAAAAAAGAGGGGAGCAGCGGAAGGAAGAAAUGUGGCAGAAACCUAAUUAACGAGGUGAUAAGAGCAUCCCCGGUAAGUAGGUUGUCUUGUAGUCUUGCAGAUGAGAUAAGAAUAUAUAUAACUCAAAAAAAAAAAAAAAAAAAAAAAAAACAAGGAUAUGUAUUAUAUAUAACUCGCCCAAAAGAAGGGAUGUAAAUGCAAUUGACGCGA